AGAAGGAUAAGGAUAAGAAGAAAUAGGAAAGAUUUGGUGAAGAAAUGUAGAUAGUUUUGGAUGAUUUAACAAAAAAAUAUAUAGAAGUAAAACGGAGGUUACUAGCAGUGUAGCGGAGGUAAAAAUGUUGGAACGAAGCUAGCCGAGCCACCGAUAAGACCGAAAAACCUGAACGAAACUUGGCCUCCUUAUCUGGAUAUCUCAUUAUUAUCACAAUAUACAAUUACAUCGACAUUUAUUUAUUACAAAUCCAGUAUUGCUAAUGGAAAGUGCGUGGUGAUAAGAUUAUGAGAAGCAGCGGAUCUGGAUCGAGUGAAUUAAGCACGUAGAGAGCAACUAUGAACAACGAGGAUGAGAGGAAUGUCGCGCUGAAAGCGUACAGAGAUGGUCUCUUCAGCGCAGACGAAAAGAUUAAAUUAGAGACGGCCGAGAAGUUAUUGAACAUCGCGGUUGCGGUGGGUGCUGAGUUAACCCAGACCGUUCUAUUCGGUAUCAUCAAGGAUGUUGUGCCGGAGCUAUGCUUCUUUGAUGAAGUGCAGCUCAUGCUGCUCCAGAAGUUGGACGCUGUUGUGGAAACGUUGGGCGGAUGGCAGUACGCCAAGGAUCUUAUGCCCGUUUACGAGCAGCUCGCUGGGUCCGAGGAGUUGGUCAUCAGGACCAUCAUCACGGAAUCCCUGGUCAAUAUCUGCGACCAUUUAUCCGAUGAGGAAAUCGAUACAGAUAUCAUCGGAAUGAUCGAUAGGCUCGUACAGAAGAACUGGUUCACAGCAAAAUGCACAGUCGCUGGUUUAUUCACGUUGUGUUAUCAAAGAGGCAACGCGGAAACAAAGAUUUAUAUUCGUAAGAAAGCACUGGAAUUUUGCGAGGAAGAUAAUCCGCUUCUGAGGAAGACGUACGCUGUAUGCCUAAAUGGAUUAGUACGAGACUUUGAAAAUGACCACUUAGUGAACGACGUCAUACCUCUGUACUUAAGAUGGAACGAACACGAUCAAGAACAAAUCAGAAUAUCGUCUAUUGAUUUAGCACUUUCCUUGGCGUAUACUCUUAAAGAAGAACAGGUGGAAGCACAUCUAAUCUCGGCUUUACAAAGAUCAGCAACUGAUGCUUCGUGGAGAGUGCGAAAGGAAAUGGCUGCUAAAUUGCUAGACAUUCAAAAGGCUUUAAAUCCGAAACACGCUACGGUUUACGUGCAGAUGGCCAAACUGUUAGCGAUGGACUCGGAAUUCAGUACGAGGGAGACGAUGAGCCAGGACAUAAUUGAAUUUUGCUUGAACCUGAAACGACUCAAGUGCGAAGGAUACAAAGAAAUAAUUAUUAACGAUAUGAUCGAUGUGAUACGCAAGAUGUCGCAGGACACGUUCGAGGAGGUGAGAUGUGACCUGGCGGAAACGCUGAUGAACCUGGAGGUCAUCUUCGAUAAGGAUGAGAUGCGGAAACAUCUGCUGCCCAUUAUUUUAACGACGUUGAACAUGGAGCCGAAGAAGGUGCUGGAUACGUACGUGGGGAAUUUGAACAAAAUCAUGUCGUACAUCGGGUACGAUAACUUGGGUGAUGACUUGGAGAGGAUCAUGUUUGAUCUUUUGGCUUCGUCUGCGUCGCGUUGGAGAGCGCGACGUUUGCUGAUCGUUACAAUCAGGAUCAUAGCCAAGCAUUCCGAUAAAGAGUACUUCGCUAAAACCAUCAUUCCGUAUUACCACAAGCUUCUCGGCGACACAGUUUUUAGCAUAAGGAGAACGUCUCCUUACAUUUUACCAUUAUUUAUCCAUAAAUUCGGGAUGGCCUGGACGAAGCAGUACGUUCUGCACAAGGUGUUUUAUGGAAGAAGGCACGCCAACUACCUCUACAGGAUGGUUGUGCUCUUCUGCAUCGACGAGCUGCUACAUCCCAGUAUCAAACAACACCUCAUCGAUUUGGAUGAUAAGCCUGAAUUCCUUAUCAAGAUGAGCUACCUUAGCGAGCUGUUGGACUACAAGUUGAACGAGGAAUGGGUCACCAAUGUCUGCACAGAUAGCGCCUACGACUUUCCGGAGGAUGCUAUGGCCUACACAGAUAACCUUUUGAAGUCUCUGGAAGAACAGGAGACCGGAGAAGAUGAGAAGCAACCUCCGGAUCAACAUUACAUGAUAUCGUUGUACUGUUUACUUUUGAAAUACGUGCUGGCUAUUCUGAAGGAGAUGAGCGAGGAUGCAGUGCCUAACGUCAGAUCGCGCUGCGUCAGGACUCUGGAGAAUCUGCUGUACAUCAAUCACAGUGUUAGCAAGAAACUGGAGGACUGCAAGGAGAUCCUGGACAAGGUCACGGACGAGGAGAAGAUGUCUUGGAGGGCGGAGAUUGACGAGGAGAGGGCGACGGUAGAUGAGUACAUGAGAGAGGAGGUAAGGCAACUGGACAGAGGCAAGUCUUUCGACAAGCCCAGGUUAAGUAAGGAGUUUAGUUAUAAAGAGGGGACGCGGAUAGACGACAUGGACGUGCAGAGCGAAGGAGUUUUAAUUGACGCGGACGAUUUCUUCGUGUUCUACGAGAACAACGAGAACAGCGAGAACGGAGAGGACUUGGAGAAUAUCGUUGGAGAUUUGGACGAGAACUUCCACGUUGAGGGCAUCACGCCAAUUGAUGACAACAAAAACGAAGAUUCCGUAGAUUUAUGAAGCUAAUUAAUUAAUUAAUAAAUUAUUAUUUAUUGCCACUA